AUGGCUGCAAUUGUUUUUGACAUGCAAGUAAGGUUAUUCAGAGAGCUUGAGUAUGUUGGCAUUGCAAUAGAUGCUGGAAGCACUAACUAUCUUGAGUGCUACAUCAUGAAUGCAAAUACAUCCUUGAAGCCUUUUCUGCUUCUUUUGACCAAGCCUAACUUUCCAGGCAAUCAUGCCUCAUACAUGAAAGCAAUAUAUCAAUGCUUUGCUGAAUGCACACGCUUGCAUCUUACUCCAGUAGGUUUCAUUGGCGACAAUCUUCGUGUUCAGUGGUCAGCGUUCGAUAAAGAAAGAGAAGAGAUGGGUUUCAUUGCAAUAUCAUGCGACUGUCAUUCAUUGAACCUUGCUAUUAACGAUACAAAACAGAAUAAUGAGACAUUUGGCACUUUUUGUGAGAAGAACAAGUUAUUUUGGGAAUAUCCCAUUUUUGCAAGCAAAAAGUGA